AAGACUGUUAUAGCCCUUUCCUCCUCACUUCUGGCUUCUCUUUCACGCCACUCUCUCUCUCUCUCGCUCGCCUCCGCCUUGCUCUGAUCGUCCUCUCCACCGUCGAGUACUUUCCUUCUCCGGGCCUUACGUUGCACACCAGAUGUCUCUUGAUCUCUGCAAGAAGAAUCCAUCUUUUCUUUGGUGCGACUGUGGUUAUAUGAGCAGGGGGAAGUUGUGGUGCUUUCAAAUCAUCUUGUUUAGGCACUGGACUUAGUCUUACUCUCCUCUCUUCCUCUUCUUCUCUUUUCUUCCUACCUUCUCUGCAACUUUUUGUUUGAUUUGAUUACAAAGUAUUCGCUUUUACUGGUCCUGUUACUGUGAACUUGAAUUUUUUUCUGCGCAAAACUCUCUCCUUGCUUGAGGAGUUUACUGCGGAGAGUGAAAGUUUUCCCCUUUGGAUCUGUGCCAAUGGGGAAAACUCAAUUGGCUCCUGGGUUCCGGUUUCAUCCGACUGACGUUGAACUCGUGAGAUAUUACUUGAAGAGGAAAGUGUUGGGGAAAAAGCUACUCGUUGAUGCAAUCGUUGAACUUGACAUUUACAAGUUCGAACCUUCUGAUUUACCUGAUAAGUCCUAUAUAAAGAGUGGGGAUCUUAAGUGGCACUUCUUCUGCCCAAGGGAAAAGAAAUAUGCAACUGGUGUCCGGGCAAACCGUGCAACUGAGUGUGGUUACUGGAAGACCACAGGGAAGGAGAGAGCCGUUCUGUGCAGUGAUGAAGUUGUGGGGAAGAUUAAGACUCUUGUUUAUCACGUUGGCAAGUCCCCUCGUGGGGAGCGGACUGAUUGGGUUAUGCAUGAGUACAGACUUGAAGACAAGGUACUUGCACAGAAGAAUAUUCCUCAGGAUACUUAUGUGCUGUGUGUUCUAUUCAAGAAAGAUGGUCCUGGACCUAGAAAUGGAGCUCAGUAUGGUGCUCCAUUUAACGAAGAGGACUGGAGUGAUCAGGAACAGCACACUGAUGUUCCUUCUUCAAGCAAUCUCGCAAUCCUUCAUCGUCCUAACGCAGAAACCAGUCUGGUUGUGGCGCCCUCACAUGACCCUAACAAGGAUUGUUUUGUUGGCAUGGUAUCUGAAUCGUGCGUCUCAGAUUUCGCACCAUCUACAGCUACUACUACCAGGGAGCUUCCGCAUCUGAAUGAUGCAGCUCACACUCCUCUGUCUGCUACUCCACUUCUGGAUUCCAAUAGUACCGCCUCUCUGGGGCCGACCCUCCAAGCUCCAACCAACAACUAUGAUGACAUAUAUUCAAUGUUGGAUCGCUUUGUCGACGAGGAUGAGUGCUUGCCUUUCUGUGAGCCCAACAACAAUGAGGUAAUGCAUGAUACCUGUGUUCCAGCUCCGGUUUUCUUAGAAGAAGGAGAAGACAUGUUCAGCGAACUACUAGACUUGAGCAUUAUCCAUGACAACAGCAUGCCAAGGACACCUUCUUACGACCUAAUUGAAAACUCGGAGCUAUACUUGGAGCUACAAGAUCUCACAGCUCCAUUAGCACCACCUCCAGCUGGGAAUGGUAGUGACUCUUAUCUUAGCAAUCAAGGCCACUUCGAUUUGUCCACUGCUAAUGAUGACGAUCCUUUUGGCUUUUCUGCGUUCAUGUGACACACGGACCAGACACAUGAACAAGAGGGUCUAAAACCAAAAGAAUCCUCUUCUGCCAAGCUCGGUCCUCGUCCAUGUCUUCUCAACUCAACAGAAGCAUUUCAGACGGAGCAUGACCCGUGACAUCAUUCCUUUUAUGUUGCAACAUCAUCAAACAGACUAUAUGAUCCCGUGAUUUCAUCUCUUAUUAGCCUUCUCAAUUUCUGUUUCCUUGUCGUUUGGACCAGUUUGUAAACAUUCUUAACUUUUCUCAGAAGAUACAACUCGAUCUAUCAUUUAUAUCGAUGAGUUUCUGAUUA